GGGCAGCUGGCGGUCUGUGCUCUGCUCGGCUCACUGCUAGCAAUGGCGCUGCGGGCUGGCCAUCUCUUUUCUCCGUGUCUACUCGCGGUGGCUUUGUUAUUGCUUGCUAGCGGACCACAGUUUGUACUUUGUUGUCCGAGUCGCUGUUUAUGUUUCCGAACCACCGUGAGAUGUAUGCAUCUAAACUUGGAAACCGUACCAGCAGUUUCUCCUCAGACCACCAUUCUAGACCUGAGGUUCAACAAAAUCAAGGAUUUACAACCAGAGUCCUUCAAACGAUUAAAGAACCUCAACACACUCCUCCUCAACAACAAUCAUAUACGGAGGAUCCCCAGGGGAGCAUUUGAAGACUUGGAAAACCUUAAAUAUCUCUAUUUGUACAAGAAUGAAAUCCAAUCAAUUGACAGACAAGCAUUUAAGGGGCUUGUCUCUCUUGAGCAACUGUACCUGCACUUCAACAAUAUUGAGUCUUUGGAACCAGAAUCAUUCACUCACCUACCAAAGCUGGAACGACUGUUUUUGCACAACAACAGAAUCACCCAGCUAGUCCCGGGAACCUUCUCUCAUCUUCAGGCCAUGAAGCGAUUGCGACUGGAUUCCAAUACAUUAAACUGUGACUGUGAGCUGCUGUGGCUGGCUGACCUGCUGAAGCAGUAUGCUGAGUCGGGCAAUGCCCAGGCUGCUGCUACCUGUGACUACCCCAGCCGCCUGCAGGGCAGAUCGGUGGCAACACUCACCGCUGAGGAGCUCAACUGUGAGGUACCCAGGAUCACCUCAGAGCCCCAGGAUGUCGAUGUUACAUCAGGGAACACUGUCUACUUCACCUGUAGGGCUGAAGGCAACCCCAAACCACAGAUCAUCUGGCUCAGGAACAACAAUGCUCUGAACAUGCGUGAUGACAGUCGUCUGAACCUGCUGGAAGACGGGACGCUAAUGAUUCAGAACACCAGGGAGACAGACCAGGGAGUCUACCAAUGCAUGGCCAAAAACGUGGCUGGGGAGGUCAAGACUUCACAGGUCACGCUGCGAUAUUUUGGAGCCCCCUCACGGCCAAGUUUUGUGAUCCAGCCCCAGAACACUGAGGUGCUGGUGGGAGAGAGUGUGACCCUGGAGUGUAGUGCCACAGGCCAACCGCAGCCCCGGGUCUCUUGGACAAAGGGCGAUCGGACACCCCUGCCCAGCGACGCUCGCAUCAACAUCACCCCCUCUGGAGGGCUUUAUAUCCAGAACGUGGACCAGGCUGAUGGGGGACAGUAUACCUGUUUUGCCUCCAAUAAUGUUGAUACCAUACACGCUACAGCGUAUAUCAUUGUACAAGCAAUCCCCCAGUUCACAGUCACUCCACAGGACCAAUCAACCCUGGAGGGUCACACGGUGGACUUCCCCUGUGAGGCAAGUGGUUACCCCCAGCCAGUCAUUGCCUGGACACGUGGGGGCAGUCCAUUACCCCUAGACCGCCGUCAUGUGGUCCUGGCUUCUGGUACUCUCCGCAUCACUCGGGUGGCAGCUCAUGACGAGGGACAGUAUGAAUGCCAGGCGGUCAGCCCUGUGGGAACCGUGCGCACCGCUGUGCAGCUCAGCAUCCAGCAAAGAGUAACGCCUGUUUUCACAAAUGCUCCAAGGGACCUGACGGCGGAGUCUGGCCAGGACGUCCAGAUUCCCUGCAGCGCUCAGGGCCAGCCACAACCUGUCCUCACCUGGAACAAGGAUGGUGUACAGGUGACAGAGAGUGGCAAGUUCCACAUCAGCCCUGAUGGUUAUCUAGAAGUGAAAGACGUGGGCACGGCUGAUGCUGGACGCUACGAGUGUGUCGCUCGCAAUCCCAUCGGCUACCAGGUUGCCAGCAUGGUGCUUACUGUCACAGUUCCUGCAGUCAGCAGAGAGGGGGACACCUUUGUGAGCACGUCCAUAGAGCUAGCCAUACGUAAUGUGGACAGUGCUAUUGAGUCAACAAGGAGACGUCUCUUUGAUGGUCAGCCUCGUACCCCAGGAGAGUUGCUAGCUCUUUUCCGGUAUCCACGUGACCCCUACACAGUGGAGCAGGCGCGUGCCGGGGAGAUCUUCGAGCAGACUCUUCUGCUCAUCCAGAACCAUGUCAACCAGGGUCUCAUGGUUGACACCAACGGCACCGCGUUCCGCUACAACGACCUGGUGUCCCCUCACUUUCUGGAUGUGAUUGCCAACCUGUCAGGCUGCACAGCCCACCGUCGCUUCAACAACUGCUCUGACAUUUGUUUCCACCAGAAGUACCGCAGCCACGAUGGGACGUGCAACAAUCUGCAGCAUCCUAUGUGGGGCGCCUCACUCACUGCCUUCGAACGACUCCUGAAGUCAGUGUAUGAUAAUGGCUUUAACCUGCCAAGGGGUGCUACUGAGCAGCUGCAUAAUGGAUACAGGCUACCUCUGCCGAGGUUGGUUUCCACCACCAUGAUUGGAACAGAGACUAUCACUCCAGAUGAUCGCUACACUCACAUGCUGAUGCAGUGGGGUCAGUUCCUGGACCACGACUUGGACUCGACAGUGAUGGCCCUCAGCCAGUCACGGUUCUCCGACGGCCAGCUGUGUACUCAGGUCUGCACCAAUGACCCGCCAUGCUUCCCAAUCCAGUUCCCACCCAAUGACCCACGGCAGCUGCGAAGUGGCACCCGCUGCAUGUUCUUUGUCCGAUCCAGCCCUGUAUGUGGCAGCGGGAUGACUUCUCUUCUCAUGAACAGCGUAUACCCAAGAGAGCAAAUCAACCAGCUGACCUCUUACAUCGAUGCGUCAAAUGUCUACGGCAGCUCACGCCAUGAAUCUGAGGAAAUUCGUGAUUUGGCCAGCCAAAGGGGCCUGCUCCGGCAAGGUAUCAUCCAGCGAACAGGGAAGCCACUUCUGCCAUUUGCUAGUGGCCCACCCACUGAGUGUAUGAGGGAUGAAAAUGAGAGUCCAAUUCCAUGUUUCUUAGCUGGAGAUCACCGUGCCAAUGAGCAGCUUGGUCUGACCUCUAUGCACACGGUGUGGUUCAGGGAACACAACCGCAUAGCUACAGAGCUACUUAGACUUAACCCCCACUGGGACGGGGACACCAUCUACCACGAGGCCAGGAAGAUAGUGGGGGCCCAGAUGCAGCACAUCACCUACAGUCACUGGUUGCCGAAGAUCCUGGGUGAGGCAGGCAUGAAGUUGAUGGGUCCAUACACUGGUUACAACCCAAAUAUUAACACCGGCAUCCUCAAUGCUUUCGCCACUGCUGCCUUCCGCUUCGGGCACACCCUCAUCAACCCAAUACUCUACAGGUUAGACGAGGACUUCCAGCCUAUCCCCCAGGGACACAUCUCCUUGCACCGGGCCUUCUUCUCUCCGUUCCGCAUCGUGAAUGAGGGCGGAAUUGACCCACUCCUUCGUGGGCUCUUUGGCGUCGCUGGUAAAAUGCGGGUUACCACACAGAUGCUGAAUACAGAGCUGACGGAGAGGUUGUUCUCCAUGGUCCACGCUGUGGCUCUGGACCUGGCUGCCAUGAAUAUACAGAGAGGAAGGGAUCAUGGUAUACCACCGUACAGUGAUUACAGGACCUUUUGUAACCUGACCUCGGCUCAGACGUUUGAUGACUUGAGGAAUGAAAUUAAGAAUCCAACUGUCAGAGACAAACUGCAGAGGCUGUAUGGCACUCCUCUGAACAUCGAUCUGUUUCCUGCACUGAUGGCUGAAGACCUGGUCCCUGGCAGUAGAUUGGGGCCCACCCUCAUGUGUCUGCUGACAACUCAGUUCAAACGCCUGCAAGAUGGAGACAGGUUCUGGUAUGAAAACCCAGGCGUGUUUUCUCCUGCCCAGCUGACACAAUUGAAGCAAGCCUCUCUGGCACGGGUGCUGUGUGACAACGGGGACAACAUCACACGCGUCCAGCAGGAUGUCUUCAAAGUGGCCAAGCUACCCCACGGCUACAGCAGCUGUGACGACAUCCCUCAGAUUGACCUUCGCAUGUGGCAGGACUGCUGUGAAGACUGCAGAACCAAGGGUCAGUUCAACGCCCUGUCCUAUCACUUUAGAGGACGCCGAUCAGCUGAGCACACCUACAAAGAGAAUAAACCUGCCAACAGCAUCCAGGAGAACAGCCCAGCGGAGCAAGCUGUAGAAAGUCUUGUAAAUGUUACUGUGACUUCCAAGAAAAGCACUGAACCCUCAAUCAACGACUUCCAGGACUUUGUCUCCGACAUGCAGAAGACAAUAACAAGCUUACGAAAGCAGAUUAAAAGACUCGAGGCCCGUCUGAGCAAGACGGACUGCACUGAUGGUGAGGGACGUGAGCGCACCGAUGGAGAGCGGUGGAAAGCGGACUCCUGCACCAUAUGUGAAUGCAGAGACACCCAGGUGACCUGCUAUGUGGAGGCUUGCCCUCCAGCUGAGUGCAAUCGACCUGUCAAGCUAAAAGGCGCCUGCUGCCCGGUGUGCCUAGAACAGGCAGAUGUUGAAAAGCGGCAAAAAUCAGACACCCGCCACGAAUAACCCUCAGGACCCCCCCGACAAAUACACUCUAGUGGCUGAAAGUCUGAGAGUCACACACAGACAUCCAGAGAGAGGAUGGGACUCAUGAAUGUGUGCCAUCAACCGCCACCAUUAGCCCCAAUAGACCCAAUAGCCUCAGUUUUGUUUUGUUUAAUUUUGUAUUCUUUUUUCGUUGAUUGGGGGAGGGGGGUGAUUUCAUUUUUGGAUUGUUGCCCCCACCAGGGCCAGCAGCCUGAGGCUUGGUUUUUGAAGUCCUCUGGCGACCAGCCAGCGAUCACUAAAUGGAUUCAUUUCUGAACCGAAGGGUGGAUGGAUGGAUGAAUGAAUGGGUGGAUUGUAAACACGAUGGACAAACCUCUUCUCCUUGGUGGAGUCCACUGAGGCUUCUCACAUGUAACAAACAGCCACUGUGUUUGCUCUCCUGCGUAUAACACUUGGUGACAAAAUGCAGGGCCACUUGCCGUCGACAAGCAGGAAAGGGAAGUAGUUUUAAAAGCGGCAGCCAUUUUGUUGUCUCAAAAAGUUUCUCAGGUUAGAGAUGCCGAAAAAAAACGGUGCUAUU